ACGCCGGAAGUGGAGCUGCGCGCGCCCGGGUGGCUGUUGGGAGGGGCCGGCAAGGGGGAGAGCAGCAGGCGAACCGCGAAGAGGCUCCCCGCGCGGGCGAGUGAGGCAUCAUGAUCCUUGCGGGCUACCGUCCCGGAAGUGGACUCGAAAGGAAGAAAGUAGCAGGGUUGGUGGGGAUAAAUAGAUUUCCGGAGGUUUUAAGGGCGGAUUCACAGAACUUUUUGUGGCGUGUGUUGUCCAGCGCGGACUCAGAGGUUUUAGUGACUUCACCUGAAGGAGUUAGCUUCUCUGCUGAGCCCGACCUGUCUGUGGUGGGGCAGAAUGUGGCUCUAGUUGCGUGAGCCUCGGGGCUUCUGGUAAAAGAAAACGCCUGAGAAAGCUGGUCUGCGCUCUUCUUCGGUGGCCACCUUAGCGAAGAGCUGAUGCCUUAGUGGCUUAUCAUGGCCCAGCGGGCAGUGUGGCUCAUAAGCCACGAACCGGGAAGUCCACUUUGUGGCACCGUCAGAUUCUCCAGACGGUAUCCAACUGUUGAAAAAAGAGCCAAAGUCUUCAAUGGAGCAAGUUAUGUGCCUGUUCCUGAAGAUGGUCCCUUCCUUAAAGCACUGCUUUUCGAACUGAGAUUAUUGCGUGAUGAUAAGGACUUUUCGGAGAGUCGUGAUAGCUGUUCACACAUCAAUAAAACAUCCAUUUAUGCACUCCCGAUAGGAGGUGAAGAACUCUGGCCAGUUGUUGCUUUCAUGAAGAAUGGCAUGAUAUACGCUUGUGUUCCACUGGUUGAACAAACUUUAUCCCCUCGUCCACCAUUAAUUAGCAUUAGUGGAAUUUCACAAGGCUUUGAACUUCUUUUUGGGGUACAGGGUUUUCUUUACUCAGGUCAAAAAAAUGACAGUGAGCUAAAUACAAAAUUGAGCCAGUUGCCUGACUUGCUUCUACAGGCUUGUCCCUUUGGCACUUUGUUAGAUGCCAACUUACAGAAUUCAUUGGAUAGUAUUAAUUUUGCUUCUGUUACUCAUCCACAAAAACAGCCGACCUGGAAAGCUGGAACAUACAAAGGAAAACCACAGGUUUCUAUUUCUAUCACUGAAAAGGUAAAAUCCAUGCAAUAUGAUAAACAGGAUAUAGCAGAUACAUGGCAAGUCAUUGGAGUUGUCACUUGCAAGUGUGAUUUAGAAGGAAGUAUGCCAAAUGUUACCAUCAGCUUGAGUCUCCCCACCAAUGGAUCUCCACUUCAGGAUAUUCUGGUUCAUCCUUGUGUGACAUCUCUCGACUCUGCCAUUCUGACUUCUAGUAGCAUUGAUGCAGCAGAUGAUUCUGCAUUUAGUGGGCCUUACAAAUUUCCACUCACUCCACCUUUAGAGUCAUUCAACUUAUGCUACUACACUUCUCAGGUCCCUGUGCCACCAAUUUUGGGUUUUUAUCAAGUAAAAGAGGAAGAAGUACAACUAAAAAUAACAGUUAAUUUAAAACUUCAUGAAAGUGUGAAAAAUAGUUUUGAAUUCUGUGAAGCUCGUAUACCUUUUUACAACAGAGGUCCAGUCACACAUGUGGAAUACAAAGUUAGUUUUGGCCAGCUUGAAGUAUUUCGAGAGAAAAGCUUAUUGAUCUGGAAUAUUGGACAGAAGUUCCCAAAAUCAAUGGAAAUUAGUCUUUCUGGAACUGUAACUUUUGGAGCCAAGAGCCAUGAAAAGCAGCCAUUUGACCAGAUUUGCAUUGGAGGCACAGCGUAUUUAAAGCUUCAUUUUAGGAUCUUAGAUUACACACUCACUGGGUGUUAUGCGGAUCAGCAUUCAGUUCAAGUUUUUGCAUCAGGAAAACCAAAAAUAAGUACAUACCGGAAACUAAUUUCUUCUGACUAUUACAUCUGGAAUUCUAAAGCUCCUGCUCCAGUAACAUAUGGAUCAUUAUUACUAGUCCGCUGCCACAAUUAAAGAAGAAACAGCUGCAUUUCAAAGGGAUUCCGAUUCCAGAAGCUUAAUCGUGAUUGACAUGUUCUUAUUCUAAGCUAUAAGACACUCUAAGAGUCCUUUCUUGGGUUAAAACUUCAAUCAUUUUCUAAAAUAUUAUCUCGCUAUGGAUUUUAUUCAUUUUCUUUGAUAACUAUUCUUUGCAUUUUUUAACUUGAAAGAUGCUGUGUGUUUGCACUGAAUAUGAGCACCUACUUCCAGUUAAAGGUUUGGAUGGUGUCAGACCGCUGGAUGCAAAAUUGCUAAAUUCCCUUUAGUGCCAAAAUAUGAUUAUGAAAUCUGAUGUCUAUCAUAUGGGUAAUUAUUCUUCAGUAGAUCCAAAAUGUACAAAAAGUGUUAGAUUUCUGAAAAUGUACUCAAACUUCUUAAAGUCAGCAGUACCCUUAACAGUGUAAGACAAUCCCCUUACAGUGGUGGGCAUUUUUUACCUUUUACUUUUUAAAUAAUUGAUUCAAAUGUCAGGUUUGAAGUAAAUAGCCUUAUCAGGAAUUCUUAAAUUUUUAAAAAAAUUUUUAAUUAAGCAUUAGUCUUACAAAAUUAAUUUUUUCACACCAACUCAAUAUUUUCAGUGAGUUAAAAUUGUGGUUUUAUAUAUACAUUGUAUGAUUUAAGAUAUUUCAAAGCACAAUUUAAUACAUAGAACAACUACUAGUAUUUUUCUUCUAGUUUUUAUUAUAGUAUUUCAGAAUCCUUUAUAGAUAUUCAUGGACUCCUGCACCACCCCUGGGAGGAAGGUAGGUCGAGUUAUCAUCCAGAGUCUCUGCAGGGACCGCUGCCACAGCAGAAUGGUUGUUUCUAAGACAAAGGUCAGAAAAGGGAUGUUAAUAAACAGUUCUCAGGUUUAAGGGACUUUUUUAGGAUUACAUCUUAAAUUCCAACAAAUCAGAUUUAGGAGUUACUGAAAGUGAAAUUGAUCCAUCCCUCAUCCAAACUUUGCAAUACUUUCCUGUUCUGACAUCAUUUAGAUAGUUAGCUGUAUUAUCAGAUUAGAAACCAUUGUACCAGGCUGCUGAAAGGAAAAGGAGGCAAAAAGCUAAACAUGGGAUGAAUUCUGAACCUUUUAACCUGGCUGAAGUACGUAGGUCCCUGUUAUGCAAAUACCUUCAAUCCUCUGCUAAGUUCAGUGGAAAUAAUUUUCUUGAAUGACAGGUUUAUUCAGCAAGGAUUCAGUUGGUGAUUAAUCCCCCUUUGAUCUAGGGUAUUUCACUUAACUACCAGUUACCUCGUUCUGACAAAGUGCAACUGAGAUUAGGGAGAUCACUAGAACACUACCAGGGUGUGCGUUUAUUCUCUAUAACCUUUUAAAGCAAGGGCCAAGAAUGCAAUUUAUUUUCAGUAUUUGAAGAUGUAAAAGUCCUGUCUGCUAAGUUAGAAAGUCAAUUGAAUACCAAAUGAAGUUUAGUUCUUAUGUAAUAGAACAAACAUUUCUUUUUACUUUGCCUAACAAUGAUUUUAGAAAACAUAGGCUUUGAAGAAACAAAGACUACAAUUUAAGUAUAUCUUCUAGUUUUGUUUCAUAUACUAGAGUGUAUAUUUAUUGGCCCUGAGAUAACCCAAAAAUCAAAGCUACAACUUACGCUGAGAAAAUGCUUCUAUUUUAUUCAACUGCACAGUUUCUCCCCAUCCGCCUCCAUUAAAAAAUGUCAUGGUAUGUGGUAAAGAAAUCCAAUUUGGGAAAACAUGUCGCAGUACACAAUUAUUCAUCUUAAGACUUGUGAUUUCAAAGCUUUAUUUAACUUUGUCCUUUCUUGAAAAAGAGCUUGUUUUGUUCCCAUGAUGAAUCAAGAUUUUUUUCAUAAAAGUACCAUUACAAAAAUACUUCAAACUGAUUAUUUUAAGUUAUCAAAAUAACCAUUUCGACAGUACUGUUUACUAUUUUUUUCUGCCUUUUUCUCAUUUAACUGGGUACCCUUCCUCCAUAACUUUAAAGUUUGAAAUAUUCUAUGAAAUUUUGCACAAUAUUUGAAGAAUAAAAUUGUAAGAUGUGUUUCUUGACUAGUUUUAUUAUUAUAGACAGCAUUUUUUAAUGCUUUGUAAUUGUUCAUUAUUCUAGUAUCAGUUUGCAAGUUAUGUAUUUGGAUAAUUUUCUUAUACCUUUUUUUUGGCUCAAACUUUUUGUGAUCCAAUUUCUAAAUUGAAACAGUGACUCAAAUAAAUGCAUAUCUAACUUAUGUUUAUGCCAAAUGAACAUCUCUAGUUUGAAUUUAGUAACCAAAAUGUUUCUAAAUAUCUUUUGAUAGCAAGUUACUUAACCAUGGUAAAAUUGAGGAUCAGAAAAAAUAUAAGAUGGAAGGCAGGAUCCCCUGGCCAUGUUGCUAAGAAACUAGUAUUUUUAAUAAUUAACUUACUCUGUGCAGUAAAUUUUUAGUUAAUAAAAUGUUGCAAUAUAUCUUGAAAUAUGCUAUCAGAGAAAAUAUAUUUAUGUAAAGCAUAGAUGUAUGUGUGUGGGUAUUUAUAUAAUGUUUUAUGUUAGUGUGUACAACUUGGUGGGUUUCCCUAUGAAAUAUUUCAUUAUGUCAGAGGAAGAAGAAUAUUUAAAGUUAAAUAUUCAAAUGUCCUCCCUGCAAACACAAUGUUAGUCAGUAGUAAUGAGGAGGUGCAUAAAAUGAAUAUUACCAAAGAACUCUUGAGGUUACUCUUAUAAAAUGGUUAAAACUCUUAUGAGUUGAAAGCUUUUCAGCUAGCUUCUAGGUUUUUUUUCAACAACAGUUUUAUGGAUAUGAUAACAUUAUCGUCUGUAUAUAGCCUGGAGCAAUGCAAUGCCUUAUCUGUAUUACUAAUUUACUGCUUUGUAAGCAGGUUACUUUGAGGUCCAGGUUGACUUUUCUCAGGCCCUGGCCAAUCUGUGUAAUUGAUGGUAGUGUGGUGUUAAUAUAUGAUGCACAGCAUUUACAUAUUGACGGAUGCCCUGGGGUGGAAACCACCUGCUGAAUUGUUUUUCCAGUAGGACGUGAAAAUUUGUAUAUCUUAAUACUCCAUUAAACAUUUAAAAUCAAACUAUGUUUCCUUUAAAUGUCUUCUCUUUAAAUGAUAGUUUCUGUGAAAAAAAAGGUUAUUUAGUUAACAUACUACUAAUAAAUAAAAAUGAAAAAUUAUUGUUAUCCCUCUUAAAUUUUUUACUUUUUCUUUCAAGGGACUUUAGUGCCCUCUGCAGGUUAUAUAAAGAGAUAACUAAUGACUAUAUUUUUAAACCCUGUGAUUUUUCCCUUUUAGAAGCAAAGCCUGGUAAGUGUGAUCCAUUUUAUUUAUAUUGUUAACUUUGUUAAUUUGCCAGUGAUUGAAGUAAGAGUUUCUUUUCUUUGCCAGUUUUAUAGUUUUGUUUAGUGUGAAGAAUGUAAUACCAUUGAAUUUUCCAAAUCACUUAGCUGGCACUCUUUAAAUGUUAGAACUAUAGUAAUACACAUUCCCUCACAGAAAGCAGAUUGGGAAAACAUUCAGCGAUUUUGAAAUUUAUUGAAAAUGUGGAGAAUAACUUGAUUAUUUCCCAUUACAUUAUUAGAAUAUUAUACAUUGAAAUAAAAUAAGCCUUUUCCAGUAUGCAUCAUGUAAAUUUUAAAAAUUACCUGAGUUUUAUUUCUUAAUCUUGUUGAUGAGUGAUGAUUGUGUUCAAGCUCAAAACACGAGGCUACUUAGAAUUUCUUUAAACAAAGUUAAGGUUGAACAGAUAAUGCUUUGGUAUUAUUGUUGCAUAGGUCCACUAACCAGAAAGAGUAUUUCUAUUUGAAGAACAAAAGGCAAAGGUUUCGUAUCUGAGUCACUCAUUUCAAAGAACCCAUACUUUCUCAAUGAGUAUGACAGAUUUGUUUCUAAAGGAUAUAGGAAUUCACUUUGUAUAUGAAACUAUAGAACUGUAGCACCAGUGGCACUUCUGAUUCACUUAAAGCUGCCAGGGAAACUAAAUAUGAUGAGAACAAGAGGAAUGACUGGAUCAAGUUAAUAGAAAUAGUUCUGCAAGCCACAUAAUGAUCCUGAUCAUCAACCUUGAAAAGUAAAUUAGAACAAGCAAAUUGCUGUUGAAAAAUUCUUUCAGCGCUCUGCUGUUGCUACUCAGCUAGUCAUGACUCAACCAGAGACAAGGAAAAAAUGCACUCAGUUUUGCAUUAACAAAGGAAACAUUAUUAAAGUGAAUGUUUACAUUCUGUUUAUUGAAGUGUUCAAAGAAUAUUUGUUACAUCUUCAAGCAACCUGCUGUUCUCCCAGCUAUUACAGUGCAUGAGUGAUAAUAAAAAUGAGUCAUUUGUACAUUUUAGAAAAGUAAAUAAAUAGCAUUUAACUUGUGUUUCUGAGCUAUCUUACUUCAAAAUAUUGAGGUAUUAAUACUUUCUCUUUUAAAGAUUAUUGUCACUAGGAAAAGUAUCCUAUUAAAAUAAAAACCUCAUUCACUUGAAUACACCUUUGAAUUAUUUUCAAAUGCUUUAUGUAACUUUCCUCCCAGAAUCUACAAUGCAUAAGAAAUAAUCAACUGAAAAUAAUUUUUUAAAUGAAAACAAUUGUGAAAUUACUUGAGUGUGUAAUUGAAUAUAUAAUAUGUGCAUUGGAAAAAUAGCUUGAUAAUUAUGAGAGCUUUUUUGAGCUACAUUUAUCUUGAGCUACUUCAUAAGAAAAAGUUGAGAAUUAAACAAGACAGCAAUUGGAAGCAGGCAUACCAAUCUAACAUUUAAAAAUUUAAUAAGUAUUAUAUGUACUGCUAAAAUUGGGGGAAAGUCAAUAAUUAAAAAUUCAGAAUUUUAGCUUUCAUCUGUGGAAAAUGAACAAUCUAAAUCACUUUUAUAUUUUAGAAGUAUAGUGUUUAAUAGGGGUUUAAAUACCAUAUUUUACUUGGUCCCUUGCAGGUGUUACUGAAUACAAUUCAGUAUUCUGUAAUCCCUUAUGGAUUAAGUAAUUUUUGAAGAAUUGUCUUCUUAGAUUCACCAAGAUGACCAGUUGUCAGUCUUCUGUAUUUCAGCCUAAAAAUCUUUCUAUCACACUUAGCAAAGAUUAUUAGCCUAUGCUACAGGCUCUUGAGAACCUCUUUGCCAGAUAUUUUAUUAUUUACCAUUUCUAUAGUAUUUACAGAGCAUCAUAUAAAGUAUAGAAAUAAUUGAUAAAAAAUAUUUCAUUUGCGUUAACCUGGAUAUUUUAUAUUUAAAAUGAAUAUCUUAUUUAACAUUUUUCUAAGGAACUUCAGUCUUUGUUCAUAAUCUUAAAAAAGUUUUUUUGAAUCUAAAAUAAAGCAAAUGCCAAGCUUCUAACUCCACUUUUGCUAAGGAAAUCACCGGGAGAAGUGGUUAAUAAUGCUACCAGCUUGUUAACUGGUAGCAGCAAGAGGACUUUUUAACUAAGGUGAAUAUAAGUGGCUUCAGGCCCAUAAUUAAAGUAUUUCCCUCAUACUAAAAUAGUAAGUCAUUUAAUUUAAUGUUAAAGGCCUAAACAAAGUUGAACAUAACAUAUGAUUUGGGUUUAAAAACUGCUGAGUAAUCCAGUUGAAAUUGAGAACUUAGUUUAGUCAAUAAAAACUCAUAAUUAAUAUUAAACUUUUACUGUGCUCCUAUUAUAUACCAUUCCAGAACUAGACAAAAAAUAGUACCUGAUUUUGAAUGGUACAUUAUAACUCCUGCAAUGUGUUAGCACUGUAAUAUGGAAGACUACUUCUAUAUAUUGUUUGUACAGAAAUUGUCCAAUGAGGUGUGAUGGUUGAAGUUCACCAGGCAGACAAAGGAAAGAAGGGCAUCCCAGGGACAAUGUCAUAUCCCUGGAGGUCUGUCUCUCCAAAAAGAGAAUCCCAGAAACAUCUAAUAUACUUCUCUACAGACAAUGCAUCCCCUUCUUGCGUACAUGCGAAGAGGACCACCCUGCCCUCGAUACAUCACUGCCUACUCCUCUCUACCCGCAAAACAUGCUCUGUUUUGUGCCACGUACACCAACUGCAGAAAACAUCCAGAGAUGUACGGUACCCCUGAAGUAUUAGGAACCUGUGUGUUCCACCAUUCAGAAGAUUUGCUUUUCAAAUAGGACUGCAGAGUGAGUAAAGCUUGGCACAAAGGCCAAUGGUGCAAUUUCUGACCUUGAGGGUGUUCUGUAUUUGGAGUUAUAGGGCCUCCAUCCUACCUCUCAAAUUACACCACGUCAACCAUUCCCUACUCAUCCUGUUCACGUGGUCCACCCUGAUAAAUCAUUACCUCCAGAUUCCAAACAGGGAAUUAGGGCUUGCGAGUUUAACGGGGGAUCUUCUAUUAUGAUGAGGACAGGUUUUCAAAUCCCUUUGUAAAGUCACAUGACUUUUCUAUCCUAAAACUAAAACAAAAGCCCCCAGAUCCAGGCAGUGCUGGUAGCUAUGCAAUCAUGACUACAUCAUUUACUGUCUGUUUCCUCAUCUGAAAAAUGUGGGAGCAAGGCAAGAUGACUGGGUGAUCUCUAAGUCUCUGUCACCUGCUAUGCUUCUAUUAUGCAUAUAAGACACAUUUUAUGUAAACCAAAUAUUAUCGUUUGUAGCCACAUAAUUUGGGGAAAAUAAUUUGGAUGACACAAAUUAUUAGCAAUAGGAAAGAGUGAUGGUGAUGAAAAUGAUGGCAGGGCUCAUAGUUAGGAAGGCAAGUUGUGAAGUUAUAAAAAUCUUUCCCUUACAGAAUUUUCUUGGUUGGGUCGCAAACACACACACAUAUACAAAGACUUUGGUAAAUUCUGCCUACAGUUUUUUCUUUAAUUCAACAACUAUUUAUUGAGCAUCUACUAUGUUCAGGCAUAUUAGGCACUGGGAAUUCAGCAAUGAAUAAAACAAACCCCUGCCCUCAUGGAGCUUAUACCAUAUUAAGGAGAAAUAGGAAAUAAAGACAUAAAUAAGUGUUGAGAGUUUAGACGACCCUAUAACACAUAUUCCUGCCUUGGCAUUCAUUUUAUGUGGCCACACUGCCUGCAGGGGCCUUGAACUGACACCAUACCCGCAGAAUCACAAGAUCCUGAUAUGACUCCCCCAAUUGUGAUAAGCACUCUCCCCCAUCUCCCAGGGCCUCUCCUUGUGCACUCCUUAGAUUACACCAAAACUGUACUCUUUUGGGUUUGAAUUGACCAACUCAGCCUUCAGCUGGGAAUCUCAAAGCAUUCCACCUGAGGACCCUAUUAAGGCAUGUGCCCUGGGUCCUGCCACACUCUCUCUGCCUGCACCCUGACUCGACCUCUCCUCAUGGCCCCUCUUAGUGUGUCAUGUACCUCCUCCAGGACCUAUGAGUAAUAAGUUUCUCUAUUUCACUUUCCCUGGUGGUUUUCGUUGAACACCUCGUGGCUCACCAUCCAACACCCCAGGGCUCUACUUAAUAAAUGUUAACAAAGUCACAACGAUAAGUAAAAUAUGGAGUAUGUCAGUAGUGACAAAUUCUCUGGAGUUAAAAAAGGAGGGCGGGGGGAGGAAGAAAGAUGCAGAGGUCCAGAGGGUGGUGUAAUUUCUACAACAUAAUGCACAAUGGCCACAGAACCUGAGGGUGGAGGUGGCAGGGGGCAAGAGUGAGCCUUCUGGUAAUCAGGAAGAGAGCAGCAAGUGCUGUGAAAAGUAGCUACCACACGAUUCAGGAAAGGGAGGUGACCACGCUUGUCACAAGGACUGGUGACAGUGUAAUUGGGAAGUACUCUACUUCUCCAACUCAGUAUCUUGUUACGAAUUAAUGAUUUUAAAACAACUGGUUAUUUCACCAAACACCUAAAGACUAACUGUAGUCGCAGACUAUCUCCUGAAACACGGGCAAACCCCACAGACAUGAAGGAUAAUCAUGCUUGAAAGACUGUCUCCUAGGCAAUACUGUUUCUCAAUAAGACAUAGUCUGCUAUUCAACUUAACAUUUUUCUUUUCAGCUUUCUCUCAGUCACUAUUAUUGGAAGUCAAAGGUUGGAAAUUUGUAAUCCAGGAAACCCCUCUGAGGGUAUUUCAAGGGUUUAAACUGAGAAGUUGCCCAAUUCCUGGAGGUGUCAAAUUCAGGGAAGGGUGGGGAGAGAAGGCUCUAGGUUGAACCAGUCCUGAUCCAGAGUUACUGAGGCUGACCAGGACCUGGGGUAUAAAACAGAAAAAGGCAUACUCCGGUCAAAGCUAGCUCCUAGGAAGAGGAGUUAGCCUUCAUCUAAGAUCGGUUUUGUCCUGCUGAGAGAGGCCUCCUUGCAACAUGGAUGGGGGCUGUUGGACAUUCUUCAGCAGCGACCCUGUGGGGCAAUAAGAAGCAAUAGCAGUAGUGGACCGGUGUGAUCGAGGUCAGUGUUCUGCUUCGUUGAGUGGAGCAGUUUUUUCCCCUCCUGUGGUCAUCUUCUUAGCAGAGGUAACAAGGAAGCUACAUUACUCACAUUGAACAAAUCCAUAUUUUCUCUAAUUAGGUUGGUGUAAACAUUUCUUGGCUUUAAGCUCUCUUAACCUUCCCUUUUACACACCACGCCAUUCAGCUGAUGUGUGUUCUCCAGCAAGCCUGCCAACAAUACUUUGUAGUCAACCCUGAAAUAAACUUUCAUCCUGACUCCCUCUGUUUCCACAAGCAAAUGACUCACUCAAAUUUCAUAGAUAAGAGGUGAGAAAAAUGGAAAUGUGAUUCUUUAAAUGUCUCCUUUGGGUUCAGGGAACACACUUUGUAGGGGCUAAUUAUCAGAAAGUUUAAUUGUUACCCUGCAUCUCCAGCUUCCCUCAUGUAGCGCCAUAGGUGCUAAUAGUGAGAAAAUUUGUGCCCCUGCUGUGCUCUCUUCAUUAAGCUAAUGGAACAUUUUCCUCUCAUUUUCUCCCUAGGGUGGCUGUAGGAGUACAACCUUAUAAUUGUUGCUCUAACUGUAAUUGGAAGUAGUAGGAGUAUAUAUAAUCAUACUGUCUUUCCUAUGUGGUAGUCAUUUAUUUAUGACCUAUUGAUAAUAGGUCCCAGCCAGCAGCAGAAGACUGUGAGGAUUACAUUGCAUUUCCUCAUAGGAGAGUGACUACUAAACAAAGACUAUUGUUAACCAGAAAGAACACAUACUAGGGAUGGCCCAUCAUACUAAAUACUGCAAAUACUUGCAUACCAAAUACUUGCAUCAUUACUGCAAAGAUUGGCCCCUCUGGGUAUCAUGGGUGUUUUUUCACUAAAAUUAGUGGAGACUUCAUCUUACCUUUCUUUAGAUAUGUGAACUAAGCUUCAUGAGUCUUUUGGGGAGCCUCUCGAAGGCCAUUGCAUACCUUCUUCAAAGUGAUGGGGAGUUUUGUUUGGCCACUGAAGUCUUUGGAGUAUAAUGGGCCUAGAGAAAAACUCACAAUUUAGCAUCCACCAACCUGAUUCAGGGCCACUGGGCUGCACUGAGUACAGUUUGCGGCCAGCAGGACCCUCCCCAAAAAAGGGAGGCUGAGAUGCCCUGGGAACCUGUUAACCCAAAUACAAAUUAGGAGAUCUGCUGAGGCACCAAUAUCUGUAUUGUUACAUCUUGACCUCUGACAACAUACUUUGAUGAAAUAACCCUUUUACUAUCUUUUACAAGAUGUAACAUUCUUCAGGACAUUGAGUAUUCUCUGAAAAUUCUCCACAGUUUGUGUGCGGCAUUUGGUCUUCGGUUAAAGAGUAACUGAAGAGAACUUGCAUGUUUACCAUUUACUAUUUAAAAUAGUUCUAUUCAAGGACUGCCCUUUACUUUUGGACAGAAAGUAUCUUCUAAGGUCAGUACACAGAGCUCAUAAAUGUAUAAAAUUAGGUUGGCAUCCAUGAGAACAUAGCAUUGUGUAUUCUGCCCCCACAAAGAUACUGAACAUCUAAGAAUUUAAUGCUGGACAGGAUGCACGGUCAAAUAUCUGAAUUGCUAAAACUUACAAACUGCAAAGAGGUAUUGGUCAAAUGUCUGCUGUGUGGCAAGCACAAUGCUGAGAAUAGUCACAGAUAUUGUUUCAUUUUAUACUCCUGUAGCAGGCAGAAUAAUGACCUCCAAAGAUGUCUGUGCUCUAAUCCCUGAAUCCUAUAAGUAUGUUAUCCUAUAUGGCAAAAAGGACCUUACAGAUGUGACUGAGCUAAGGAUCAUGAUAUGGGAAGAUUACCCUGGAUUAUCUGGGUGGGCCAGUGUAAUCACAAGGAUCGUUGUAAGAGGGAGGCAGGAGGGUCAGCAUUGGAAAAGAAGAUAUGACCACAGAAGCAGAAGUUGGAGUGAUGUGGCCAUGAGCUAAGGAAUGUGGGUAGCCUCUAGAACAUAGAAAAGGAAAAAAAAAAAAAAAAAGAUUAUCCCUCUAGAGACUCCAGAAAGAAUACAACCCUGCUGACCCAUUUCGGACUCUGACUGCCAGAACUAUAGAUAAGUUUGUGUUGUUUGAAGCCACUAAGUUUGUAGUAAUUUGUUAUAGCAGCAAUAGGGCACAAAUACAACUCCCAACAGCUUUGCAAAACAAAUUUAUCUCCAUUUUGCAGAUGAGGAAACUGACGUUUAAAGGGAUUUGAGAGGCUUAGUUCACCCUGCUUCCUCUCACAACGCAUAGUGUGUAGAUAUUUUUGAGUGUAGCAGCUUUCUCUCUUGAAGCAGGUGGGUUCUCCCAAGGUUCUGAAAAAGCUGCAAGAUGCAUGAGCUGGGUAACUCACUAACUGAAUAUCCACCCUUUUGUCUUCAAUCAUCAUGUUAGAUGAUUUCUUAAUGAGCUUAGCUGAGUUUUUUACUUUCUAAAAAUUUGGCAGCGUUAUGAAGAUUAAUUCAGCAUUUCUGAAAUCAGAGCUUCUUGCAUUACUCUUUCUUUUGGCAAACAUCUUCCUUUGUCUCAUCAUUUAAGUUUAGACUCUAAAACUAUUUAUAUCAGGAGUGAAUAAACAGUGUGUGAGGGGAAGGGGCUUGAUGUGUUUUCCAGUUUGUUAUAGCAACUUUAAUCAGGUAGGGUCUUAGAGAAGGAUGUCAACUUCACGCCCACAUAAAUGGAGAGCAAACUUUUAUAUGAUGAAUGGUCAUUUUCCAGGUCCCUAGCAUCUUGUGGAUCCCUGAGUUCUGCAGUAAGUCUAGAUAUAAAUGCCUGAGCCACAGGGAUUUGGAUUUGUUCUGGUUUUAAGUACAUUUGGCUCUAUAGUAGAUAUGUGUUCACUGCCCAUCAUGCCAGCCCGUUUCUGUGUGGUAUAAGUGAGGGCAUCCUCACCAUUCCCAUAUGCCCUAGGCCUGGCCAAUCAGAGUAUUCUACCUCCUGACCACAAUGAUUGGUUCAGGGGUCAAGAAGGAUAUGUGACCCAAGAUAGUCUAGACUUAACUGUCAGAGAAGGAAAGAUGUUUUCUCUUCCUCUUUGGCAAGGUCUCAGGAUAAUAUAAGCCUAUGACUCAUGCAUCUUGUGGCCAUUUUUCCUGAACUUUGAGGGUCAGCCAUCUGCUGCAAGAGAGAAUACAGCCAACACCCAGGAGCUGAGAGUUGAGAGUUAGAGAACAAAAACAAGAAAGUUCUGAUUUAUCCAGCCAUCUCUUACUCUGCCCCUGGACUCUUCCAGUACAUAAACCAACAAAACACAUUUUUCAAACUUAAGUUAGUUGAAUAUGGAUUUGUGAUUAAAAUAGAAUAUAUUUUUAAAUUUAACUUUUCAGAAAGGUGAUAGCAUAACUAAAGAAAAGGUAUAUAACAAAAGCCUCCUCUUCAGAUUGUCCCAUCUGCCCAGUUCCCACCCCGUAGGUUCACAGUGGUUAUGAAAUUUUUACAUAACCUAUGGAUUUAUUUCAUGUUUAUACAAGCAACCAUAAAAAUAUAUCUCUAUUUUCCUCUACUUUACCACAAAAAGUGUUAUAUUAGACAUAUUGUUCUCCACCUUGGCUUUUCACCUAACGAUGUAUCUUAUCAAUCUUUUCCUAUCAAUGGUGAGGGAGCUUCUCCACUCCUUUAUGAGGCUAGAUAAUAUUACAGGAUCCAUUUUGAUCAGAAGGACCUUGGAAAAGCAGGUUGGUUUUGAGGAGUUGGGUCAACUCUAUAUGAGAAAACUGUGUAGCUCCUUGGCAAGGAUUUCUAGACCCAUUUUUUCACAUUUCCUUUUUCAUAUCUUAACAAGCUUAGUAUUCCGCAAAGAUCAACAUCAAACUUUAGGGUUACAUUUGCUGUGAAAAUUAUGAAUGACCCUAUAUAAUCUUGAAAAAUGAACCCAGGGCAAAUAGAAGACUGUGGCUUAGAUUGUAAAUUGGAGACCUGCAACUCAAUUUGGUUCACAAAUAUGUUUUCUUUGAACAGUAUUUUAAAAAGAGUUUUAACUACUUGCUAAUGUUUAAAACUUUUAAAUUGGGCUAUUUCAUAUGAAUAUUUUAGUAUUUCAUUUUUUAUAUUUCAUUUUUUGUUCAAUUAUGGAUUCAUGGCUAUUUAUUUUAUACUAUGGGUCAUACAUCCAAUACUACCUUCUUUAUUUUGUUGCCCACAUUGUUCCAGGUUUGUCUGUUCGUAGUUUUUUCAGGUUGCUUUUUAUUUCCCUUUGACAUGCCUCAUUUUUUUUGUUUGUUUGUUUCUCUUUGUUUUUUGAGCACUUCCUCACUCUCUGGCACUACAGGAUGCUCCAGAUUCAUGCUGAAUAGUCUCUGCCUCAGUCCUAUAAUCAGCCAUUUUUCCAAGGAGCCUGGUUCCUUUUAUUAGAGAAUGUCACAUACCCCUAGUUUACUGCUGUGAUUCUUCUGUUUUUUUUAAUGACUCCACCCCCCUGUCAACUUAAGAGCUAUUUGAAAUAUCAGGGAAAGAGAAAGAUACUGUGAAUUUUCCUCAGGAUUAAUGUAAACUUUAUUUUAACAUCUGACUCCAGCUUCCUACAAGACAAAGACUGUAUUAGUUGUCCCUUAUCUUGGAAAAACAGUACUAGAAAUUGGAAUUUUCAGUCUUCACCUUGUACCCUUAGAAAUAUUAUUUAACUAACAUUUUACAAUCCAUCUGAAGAAUGCUAAACAGGUAUUCCAAGAAUUAGAUUAAGUGAUAUUAAGUAUUUUAAGAGCAGGAGCCUCACAAAUAUAUAAGAUCGUUAGCAUUCUUAGUCUUUGCAUUUUUAUUAGGAAUAGCUAACAGAUUUUAUAAAUCCCAUACCCUGAGUUAUUCAGUAUGUGCAUAGCUAGUGUCAUUUUUUUUAACUUAUCUUAAUGUGGAAAAAAAUGUUUUUACUCUACACAUAAAGUGAAUAACCAACACUACAACUAAAAAAUUACUUCAGAAAGGGGCAGUUAACUUAGUCUGAAAUCUAUACUAUAUAAAUGUGAAUGCAAAGUUAACUGUAUUUUUUUCCAAAAAACUACAUUUGUGUUUACAGAUACAAGGCUCAACUCAACUGUCUGUGUCAAAUGACAUAAUCUGGUUAUUAGACUUAUGAUGGGAUUUAAACAUUUUAAUGAAAGGGGAAAAAUAAAAUAUUCUUUUGUGUAAGUUAAGUUUUGCAAUUCAAAGGAUUUGUUCAUUUGGGUCUCCAAGUUCUUCUUUUCAACGUUUGAGAGUCUUGAAGGUAGUAUCUUGGCUUCAAAGCCUUUUGCUUUGAAUCUAACUUUUACUUUGAAACUAACCAAAAAGAAACUAAGUAUAUCAGAACCAUACCUAAUCCCGUAGGAGUCAGCAUUGCAUCAAGUUUAUUAAAAUUAAAGACUUCUUUUUUUUUUUCUCCUCCCCAAAUAGGCAUCUGGUAAUAAAAGGCAAAUCAGCUGGGUUAGGAUAAAACAGGCAAUGUUUUUCCUUCACUAGUUCAUUUAGAAAAGUCGGCUUGCUAACUGAGAAAAAUUAAUGAAUUUUACUUGUAUUAAACUAAAGGUGAUUGCUUCAUGGCAACAGUGUGCUCAUUUGAGAAAGUCAUUACAUUUACGUAUUGUGUUUUCAUGUAAAUACUUUUGCCAAAGUGUAUUAGCAAGGAAUAUAAUAUUAUGGUUCAUGGUUCAUGUAGUAUCUGAAAAGAAUAAUUGUAUAACUAAUCAGUGAAAACAAAGUAAAUGUUCCUCUUGGGUUUGUAUAAUAAAAAUGGAAUUAAAAUUA